AUGAGGAGAACAAGCCAUGGAAAAACAGAGUGGGUGGACAUAAAAUGGAAAGGAGGAGUUCUGACACAUCCAACUCAGCAGGAUGCCAAUACCUGUGGGGUUGUCAUCAUCAUGUUCAGCUCCAUCACUCUCAUCUGUCCACUCUACUUCACCUACUCCCUCUGGUAUAUAAGCCCCAGCUUCACUCAUUCCCUGCCUGAUCGUUCUCUGUGUAUCUCAAGGGAUAACUGGCAUAAGCGCCGCAAGACCGGCAGUAAACACAAGCCCUACCACAAGAAGAGGAAGUAUGAGCUUGGACGCCCUCCUUCAAACACAAAAAUUGGACCUCGUCGCAUCCACACGGUGAGGGUCCGUGGUGGGAACAAGAAGUAUCGUGCUCUGAGGCUGGAUGUCGGUAACUUCUCAUGGGGCUCUGAAUGCUGCACACGCAAGACCAGGAUCAUUGAUGUGGUCUACAAUGCCUCCAACAACGAGCUGGUCAGAACCAAGACCCUGGUGAAGAACUGCAUCGUCCUCAUCGACAGCCUUCUCUUGGAGGAGCAGUUCCAGCAGGGAAAACUGCUUGCUUGCAUCGCCUCCAGACCUGGCCAGUGCGGCAGAGCAGACGGCUACAUCCUCGAGGGAAAGGAGCUUGAGUUCUACCUGAGGAAGAUCAAGGCCAAGAAGGGCAAAUGGAUGUACAGCUGUUUGAUACUUCAAUAAAAUCCAAACGCCCCAAA